AGCGCGCUGUCGGCAGGUAAACUAACCAGUUGGUGAAAUGCUGUUUCGUGGGUGGUGUCGUGAUAGUCGUGUCUGCGUUAUUUCUGCAAUGUUUUGGAUUUUGUGAACAGAAUUCUGCCAUUUAUUGUACCGGAACGUGUGACUUUCAGUGACGUGACAAGUUCUCUCAGUGAUUUUAGUGACUAUUGUUCAGUAUUUGUGAAAUAGUGUCAUUUUCACCAUAUUGUGGUGUUGGAGUGCUGUUGUGUACAAUUUGUGUUGUUAUUUUGGAGUAUUAAUAUCAACAGCAGCUUGCCGCUGAAUAUUUCUACAUCUACAAUGGAUGCGACGCUACUUAGCCUGUGAUAAAUCGUGUGUUGUGAUGCGCAUCUGGUUAUCGUAACCAUGAAUUCCAGAUCGCAUUUGCAAAGUUUCAUCAACAACUCUUUGGCCAUUAGGCAGGAAAUUCAACGUUUUGAGAGUGUUCAUCCUUCUAUCUACGCAAUUUAUGAUUUGAUUGAGCUUGUGCCCGAUCAACUGAUUGCACAGCAGAUCAGGGAUCACGUCGUCUGCAUUGAAGGUUAGUGUCAAGGACAGGGAUCAUCACGAUGUCAACGACGGCGACGAGUAGAAGGCAUGGGGGAGGAAGGGUGAGCUCUUUGUAGCCUUAGGAGAGCAGCUCAGCUCGGCGUUCACUCUCACUCGCUCGUCACGGUGGAAGGGCCGCGCGCUCGUGCUAUGGCCCCGGCUGCUCGCUGGCGAUAAGCGUCAUGUCCGUGUGUCGUAAGCGCCGCCAGGGCCAGCCUCGGGCGAGGACCUCACGCGGGCCCCCUCCAGCAAAGAACCUCGCCGACGGCCGCCAAGGACCUGAGCGGGAUGCGUGAUUGGAGAAUGC